UCGAUAGAUCGAUAAGUCCUUUUGCAAACUGAUGAAAAAAUCAACGAAACGCAGUAAAAUCAAUUAAAUUAAAGAGUUGAGCUGGCCUUUAGACAUUUUAUUUAUAUAUGCAUAUAUAAAGAAAAAGAAAGAAGAUUAUUAUCAGGCCAGGCAGCUCGUGUGCACUAGAAUAUUAAGCAAAUAAUUAGUGGCAACAACAACUACUACAAAAGAGCACGAGCAGGCUGUGUUUGCAUAGAUCUUAACUAUUUAUUGCACUCUCGCCCUGUGUGCGCGCUGACCACGUAUUCCCCCACGUAUCUACAGCGGCCAUGGAUAGCAACAAAGAUGAGGCACAGCGCUGCAUCGACCUAGCUGAGCAGGCAUUCACCGAGGGCAGGAUCGAGCGGGCUGAGAAGUUUCUGCUAAAAGCGGAAAAACUCUACCCAACGGACAAGGCAAAGCAGCUGCUGGCCAAGGUGAAAAGCUCGCCAGGCAGUGGCAAGGAACGACCAGCGGCUGGUGCAGACGCGGACUCUGGACCGCGUAAGCGUGUCAACUCCGACUCCAAGCCCCAUGCGCCGGAAUAUACGAAUGAUCAGAUCGAGGCUGUCAAAAAGGUCAAAAAGUGUAAGGACUACUAUGAGGUGCUCGGUGUUAGUAAGACAGCCACCGAUUCAGAGAUUAAGAAGGCAUACAAAAAGCUCGCCUUGCAACUGCAUCCGGACAAGAACAAGGCACCCGGAGCUGUGGAGGCAUUCAAGACGUUGGGCAACGCCGCUGGCGUCUUAACCGAUGUGGAGAAGCGCAAGAAUUACGAUCUAUAUGGCAUUAAUGAUUCGCAGAAUGGUGGCACCCGCGGCCACCAUGGCCAUACCCAGCACUACAGUGACUAUGGCGGCUUCCAGGCGAACAUGAGUCCCGAGGAUAUAUUCAAUAUGUUCUUCGAGAACGGAUUCUCACAGCAAAAUAUUUACAUGCGCCAGCAGCGACGCCGGCAUCAGACACGCGACGACAGAGACACGAACAACUCAUCAGCCUUGAUAAACUUGUUGCCCAUUUUAUUGCUCAUCGGUUUGUCCAUGAUGUCGUCCUUCUUUAUAUCGGAUCCCAUGUAUAGUCUAACGCCUUCACAUAAAUACUCGGUGAAGCGUGAGACAAAUGGCCUCAAGAUUCCCUAUUACGUAAAGGACAAUUUCUAUUCGGAAUAUCAAGGAUCAGUUGCCCGUUUGGAGGAGUCGGUGGAGGAAGAUUUUGUCAAUCACUUGAAACACUCUUGUAGUCGAGAGCGAAAUUAUCGUGACUCAAUGUUGGCUAAGGCUCGCACGUUCGGGGAUCGGGAUCUGUAUCGGAAGGCUCAAAACAUAAACACCCCCUCGUGUGAUAAUCUGCAAAAGUAUAUAAUCACAUGA